AUUAAUAUUUACGUAAAGCCUUAACUGCAGACUUAAAUUCAAGUGCAAGCCUUCGUCCCUUUCUUCUCCUCUCGCUUCCCCAGGCAGGACCUAUAUAUUUCCACCGACCGCAUCCACCACCGAAACAGCCAUGUCUGAGAAACUGCCCUUCAAAGUCGCCGACAUCAGCCUGGCCGAAUGGGGCCGCAAGUCCAUCGAGAUCGCGGAGAACGAGAUGCCCGGGCUGAUGAAGAUGAGGGAGAUGUACGGCCAGUCCAAGCCGCUGAAGGGCGCACGCAUCGCCGGCUGCCUCCACAUGACGCUGCAGACGGCCGUGCUCAUCGAGACGCUCACCGCCCUCGGGGCCGAGGUCCAGUGGUCCAGCUGCAACAUCUUCUCCACGCAGGAUCACGCCGCGUCGGCCAUCGCUAAGGCUGGCAUUCCAGUGUACGCGUGGAAGGGCGAGACGGAUGAGGAGUACGUGUGGUGCAUCGAGCAGACCAUCUACUUCAAGGAUGGACAGCCCCUCAACCUGAUCCUGGACGAUGGUGGCGACCUGACCAACCUGGUGCACACAAAAUACCCCAAACUGCUCGCAGGGAUCAAGGGCGUUUCUGAGGAGACCACCACUGGCGUCCACAACCUGUACAAGAUGAUGAAGAAGGGAGAACUCAAAAUACCUGCCAUCAACGUCAACGACUCAGUCACCAAGAGCAAGUUUGAUAACCUGUACGGCUGCAGGGAGUCCCUUAUCGAUGGCAUCAAGCGUGCCACUGACGUCAUGAUCGCCGGUAAGGUGGCCGUGGUGGCUGGCUACGGAGACGUUGGCAAGGGCUGCGUUCAGGCACUGCGUGGGUUUGGCGCCAGGGUCAUCGUCACGGAGAUUGACCCCAUCAACGCUCUGCAAGCCUCCAUGGAAGGCUACGAGGUGACCACUAUGGAUGAGGCCUGCUCGGAGGGAAACAUCUUUGUGACGACUACUGGCUGUGAGGACAUCAUCAUGGGCAGGCAUUUUGAGCAGAUGAAGGACGACUCUAUUGUGUGCAACAUCGGCCACUUUGACUGUGAGAUUGAUGUGGGAUGGCUGAAUGACAACGCUACCAAAGUUAACAUCAAGGCUCAGGUGGACCGUUACCGCAUGAAGAACGGCAGACACGUCAUCAUUCUUGCCGAGGGCCGAUUGGUCAACCUGGGCUGUGCCAUGGGCCACCCCAGCUUCGUCAUGAGCAACUCCUUCACCAAUCAGGUGCUGGCACAGAUCGAGCUCUGGACCAACACCAGCAAAUACCCCCUGGGCGUCUACUUCCUGCCAAAGAGGCUCGACGAACAGGUUGCUGCUGCCCACCUGGAUAAGCUGGGAGUGAAACUGACCAAGCUGUCCGACAACCAGGCCAGCUACCUGGGCCUGCCCAAAGAGGGGCCCUUCAAGCCAGACCACUACCGCUACUGAGCACCCGCGGCUCUGGAGGCUGGCUAGACAUCCCACAGGGAGAGGGAGCCAAAGAGCGAGGGAAGCCUGUGUGUGUGUGUGUGUGCGCAAAAGAGAGCCUGAUUGUGUGUGUGUGUGUGUUGUGCUUAUUGCUCGUUAGAGCCCUCCUCUGGCGACCUGCUUCUGCUGGUACCACAGAAAACGCCCCCCCCCCCCCCCAAUUAAUCGUGUCCAAAAAGUUUUGUAACGUUAACCUUUUACAGAAACAAACACACAUGUGUAACAUGGCUUCCAGCGGCGUCAUUCGCAAGCAAAAUGGCAUUCCUAGUUUUGUUGAUUUAAAUUCUGGAGUUUGGCAUCAUGUAUAGCUGCGGAGGGGUGUUAGCAUGGCUGCUACGGCUAGCUGCAUCCAGUGCUUUGACCGACGCCACUCGUCCUAUUGGCAUUGUCACGUUGUCUUAAAUGCAGAUUCAUAAUGGAACAGUUCCCCAGUCAAACGGUUUCUGUCUUGAUCGUUUCUUCUAUGGUCUUGGCUGAGAAGAGUUGCGGUUGGCUGCCACGGAAUGCCAACAGAUGCACGUAAUCCACCUGUGUCAUUUUCAUACUGUGACUUCAUGCACUUAUUAAAAGACACAUGAAACGGA